AGAGCAUCUUCGAUAAAGCGGAACUACGGAAUACAUUGAACUGUUCAAAUCUCUUUCUCUCAAGCUCCUUCAGAACUGUACUGUGAUUUCUCUACCUUGUUGAUAUUGAACUUCAUCAUGGCUUCUGCUCUCCGCUCCGUUGCUCGCCCCUCGGCUCUCCGGUCUGUUGCAGCUACUCAACCGCUGCGAUGCAUGACCACGGCCAACAGGACGUUCGUUCGCAACAAGGCCACUCUCCCUGAUCUUGCCUACGAUUAUGGCGCCCUGGAGCCUGCCAUCUCGGGCAAGAUCAUGGAGCUGCACCACAGCAAGCACCAUCAGACCUACGUAAACUCCUACAACGAUGCUGCAGACAAAUAUGCUGCAGCUGAAGCCAACGACGACAUUGCUACGAAGAUUGCCCUCCAGCCAUUGAUCAACUUCCACGGUGGUGGUCACCUCAAUCACACUCUGUUCUGGGAGAACCUGGCACCCAAGAACUCUGGUGGUGGUGAACCUCCCUCUGGAGAAUUGGCAAAGGCAAUUGAUACUACUUACGGAGGUCUGGAAGACAUGAAGAAGAAAUUCAACACUGCUUUGGCUGGAAUUCAAGGUAGUGGCUGGGCUUGGUUGGUGAAGGAUACGCAGACAGGAAACAUCUCUAUCCAGACAUACGCCAACCAAGACCCCGUGGUGGGUCGCUACAAGCCUUUGCUGGGUAUUGAUGCCUGGGAACACGCUUACUAUAUUCAAUACCAGAACCGCAAGGCUGAGUACUUCAGCGCCAUCUGGGAUGUGAUCAACUGGAAGGCUGCGGAGAAGAGGUUCGGCAGCUAGAGGGUUUUGGAAAACCAACCCUUGUACAUCAUAACGUGAAUUUUGACUACUCGCAGGCAAGCGCCUAAUUGAUACCACAGCUUGCAGCGUUUAGCAUACACAUUCAUUGUUUCCUGCAAAUCAAUGGUUGUUAUGUUCAUUCGGGAAACUUCA